CACAAAGCCAGCUUCCUUGUAUGAAUUAAAUUUUGGCCAUCAGUGGUAUCUAGACGCGACGGAAAAUUACCACCACGUUGGUGAGUUUGCACCGGAGAAAGUGAUCGCAGACAAUUAGUGCCUGUCAUAUUACUAAAAGCUGAAGCAUAUUAGACCAUUCUAUAAAUGAUCUCAUUUACAUUCUUGACUUUGGCCAUCGACGGUAAAACACAAAAAAAGUGUGUUGAUCCAGACAUAGUAUGCUCUUAACAGGUGCUUGGAAUGAAGAAUGGUGAAGCCUGAACCUCUUGGUUAUUAACAUCUGUAUAUUCGUUUCAACUGCGAUUUUCAGUGCAGUGUUUUCACUACCAGCCGACCAUGGCUUCGAAUGCAAUUGAAAUAUUUGAAGUUCAAUUCGACCAACCGAAUCGCGUGUUUUAUCCUGGCGAGACUGUUAGCGGUCGGGUUAAAUUGCACCUAAAAGAACAUUUGAAGAUCAAGGAAUUGCGACUAGAAUGCCGUGGUGAAGCUUAUGUGAACUGGCCUGAAUAUUCAGGCAGUCACACUCGCUACCAUUACAACCGAGAACGGUUCUUCAGCACGAUGGCGGUGAUUUUAGGCGAAGGUGAGUUUAGAAGUCGUGUUAAUAAGCUUUUAUUAAAUGUCGUAUGCAAAUUCUGAUCUGGGAUAUGAUCAACCACUGAUUUCUUACCGAAAAUAUUUUAAAUUAUCUGAUCAUGGUUAGAUACAAAAGUAUCUGAUUCAGUGUUGGUGUGAAAUACUUAUGCAAAUUUUAAAAUCAUUUCACUCAUUCUGCAACUCGCUGAGAAUAGAUGAAACCGCCAAACACGAAAACCCUUAAACAGCAUCAGCAGGACGUAUAUGUUUUAUUUAUCUUUUGAGUGGAUCAAUAUUUCAUAGAUGCAAAAGUUCAAUUUCCUAAUUUUUUCAGUUACACAUUUUUUUUUCAUAACAUUCACUGCAGAGUUAUGAAUAGGGCAAUACUACAAAGUAGUAAUUGAAGAAUCAAACAUCCACUAAAAAAAAAAUGAAUAAAUAAACGUUGAAAGGGACCUAAUUCGGUGUGAAACUAUCUCAUUUACUCCCAAAAAAGCGCAAACUGCCCAUGAACAGUAGGAAACAGUAUAGCUAUUGCUUACAAGAUUUCUAGGGGUAUAAACGCAAGCCUGGAAUAGAUCAUUUUUAAUUAUUUUACGCAUGAAUUGAGAUCUGUGAGCACAUCAUGUUUUCAAGUUAAGACGCAAAACUCUGGUUUUUCCUUAUCAAAGUCUGCUCAUCCAUGGUAGCUGAAGAGAAUACUUCAUUACAAAGCACAGAUCCUUCGUAAUUUUGAAAACAGUAGGACUAUUUUGCAUAAAGCAUUGAUUCUAUAAAUAACAAUGUUGAUGUCUGAAAUUCUCGUGCAGAAUCACUGUGCAUGUCUAGGUGAGUUUUCCGACCUGAGUAGGCUACUUCAUACAGCGGCUUAAUAAUGUCGUAUGCGUUGAAAAUCUGUUGUGCCUGGCGUUAGCUUUCAUACAAGUACAAGGUGCAUGUUGUUUUCAAAACAAAAAGCCAAGUAUUGAUUGAUUCCCACUAGGCAAUAUUACUCGGCAGAAUCUGAUAUAUUUAUUCCACGUAAAACCGAGGUUUGCUUAAUCUUAUGACUCGUGUAAGAAGGUUACAGCGACCAAAAAAUUGAAUCCGUCUAUUAGAGCCUUUCCCACAUCCUUUGCUUGUUAGUGAACAUCUUUACCUUAGGUAGUUCGUGAUUUGCAUACGUGUUUCAUUAUGUUCUCGCGAAUACAAUCAUUGACAUUCCUUGAAUGAUUCUGCUUUGCAAACCGAGAGAAACGUCAAAUAAAGGGAAAACCAAAAUUUCUUUUCUUGAAUGAUUAGACUUUUAUUUCGUGUAUUUACGGUAAGAAUUGACGUGACCAUCUACCAAGGGUAAAGAUUACCUAUCAGCCACUCUAUUCAACUCUAUUCUAUUCAAUACAUGUUGACUGAAUUGUUUUUCGGUUUACUGGAGUGUGGCAGGUGACCACUUUGAAUCCAUAUGGCUGCUUGAAGUUUUUAGCGAGAAAGCUGAUGAAGAAUUUGCACAUUAAGAAAGUAUUAGCUUUUUUUGAGCUGGUGUGUAAGAAAACGAACUAUGGUCAGAUCAGAAGGAACAAGCAUCUUACAUUGGCUCCGCAUCUUAGCUAAUGCUUCUUUCGAGUUUUGUAGGACUUGACAUAUUAUGUUAUAAUUUUUGAGCUUGUUUUUUAAAACCUUUUCGAUCGCUUCCUGGCAUAGCAAUUUUUGUCUUUUAUAGGUUAAUUCUACCCAUCUUAAUUUUUCUUAAACCAAACCAACAAAAGAAAGGCAAGAAAACAAAACAGAACAAAACAAACAGAGGGGACAAACAAAAAAAAAACUAGACAAAUUGAACAAAAUACACAAUAUAUCCUGUUUUUUUCCCAACUCUUGGACUUGAAGUAUGAUCAAAACAUGGCUCUUAUGCACUCAUCUUGUUUGGCAACGAGAUAUAUGAUCAGUUUAAUCAUAGGCAAAUACUACGCUACGUACGUUUGUGGGCGGAGUAGUUUCAGGAAGCAUUUCUAAAACGCAACGCACGCAAUGUAUUAGCUAAUUAUGAAUGACAGUACCGUCAUAGCAACUGCAAUCUUACCUUAUUCGAGAGAGUGGAGCAGAACCAUUUCUCCACAUCUUUACCAUCAGUUGACCGACUGGCGGUCAUACAUCGCCUGACACACCGAUUAUGAUAUUACUUGGGCUAGAUGUAAUGCACAUAGAUAGUGGCUUGUAUAAAAAUGCAUAAUCGUGAAUUCUUGUUUGUAUAGUAAAGCGCCUACUAAAGCCGCCUGUCAUGGCUCAAUUUAUAGGAAAGAAUAAGAAAAAUGGUAUGAACUCUCCUACUUUCAUUUCGGAAGGAAGUUACCGGUUCUUGUUCAAGUUUAUCAUUCCCGACAAGUAUCUUCCUACGUCUUUUGAGGGUCGCCACGGCAACAUACGAUACUGGGCGCGAGCAGUCAUUGAAAGAGGUCUGGGUAAGAAAAACAUCAAGACGAAGCCAGCACAGUUUCUGAUUGGUGAUUACGUGGCGCUUGAGGACUUUGAAGAUGUAUCGGUGAGUAGGAGUUGAUGUUGAAAAUUAAUGUAAUAUAAAAGGCCAGUGGAUAGUAAAAUCAUUUCGGGUCCUUCACCCGGCAAAUUAAAAAAAUUCUAUCCAUACGUCGGAUUGUAAUUUAAACCCAUUUUCACCAUAUACAAAUUUUAAACAUUCUUCCUAAAGUGAGCGAGAAAAGCUAUGAAUUUAUGUUGCAUGAUUGGGAUUAUCCUUAGCCCUUCUUAAGUUAACAGUCAUUUCCUUUAUUUUAUUUUCAUGACUUUUGUGUUUAAUUCAGCAGUUAUACUAAAAGGAGAUAAGAUACCGGUCACUCGUACGAGUUAAAGGGUUUAUUACAUCCAUUUUGAAAUGGCCUGUGAUGCUUUCAAUGUGAUUGGCUCCCAACGGUGCGACUUAUUCACAAAUCGUACCAUUUUACGCUUUGAAUCGCGUCUUUUCCCCAGCCAAGGAGAUAGCUUUACUAAGAAAGUCCAAUUAAAUUAGGGCUUGUCUAAAGAAAUCAAUCAGUUUGUAGAAAUAUGAGAGAAACCUUUUGAAAUUUUUCGCAAGCCAGCUCAAUAAACUAAAUCAGUAAGAUAUUUGCAUAGACUGAAAAAAUUGUAUUGAGUGAUUGAAUUUUGCGAUUUCAAAAUAGAUGUAAUAAAGUGGUAAUUGAACUUCGUGUCGUGCAAUUUUGGUUAUACGUGCAAUUUCAAAUCAAACCCGCGUUGGGCGCUCUUUUGAUUAUGAAAUCACACGAAUGAUUUCAGACCGAAUUGCACUCCACCUAAUUCAAUUCCCAUUAUUAAUAUUCUAUAUGAGAAUAUUCCUGUUUAGCAAGAAUGUAUAUUUGAAUGGACCGCAUCAAAAUGUGGUAGGAAACCGGUGACAUUUUCGCCUACGUCCUGAUUUUCUUUUCAUUUUUCCUACAUUUCGAUGUAGGCUGUUGUUAGAUUUUCCAACGAUUUCCUUUGAUCUUAGGAGCUUAGGAGUAACAAUAACAAUAAUGCAAUUAAUUUAUCCUCUAACUAAACUACAGCUAUAAUGAUUGUCUAAGUACUUUAGAAUAGUGGAAAGGAAGGUUAACGGACGGCCCGAACUAAAAUUAAUUAGUUAGAAAAUACUCGUAGUUUUUAAGUUAAAAGCAGAAUGAAGCUUAAAAAAUUGCUAGGCAAGAAGAGUAUAGCAAUCCAUUUGAUGAAUGAUUUUGUUUCUACUUCACGACAGGACCCUGUGAUCGAGGAAGACUCACGAACUUUAGGAUGGUCUUGUAUGGCUUCCGGGACGUUGGUAAUUAGAGCAGAGAUCGACCGAGGUGGUUUUAAACAAGGAGAUGAUAUUAACAUCUCUGUCCUGGUUGCAAAUGAGACAUCUCGUAAUGUAGCUUACACUGAAAUGUCUCUCAUUCAACGAGUACUGUUUGUGGGUGUCGAAGGUAAAACUGAACUUUAAAGUUAAGGGUAGGGGGCUUAGGGUGUGUUAGGCGUGCGGAAUUAAUUGAAGAAAAGCAGAACUGCAUUUCGCUCCAAAAGAUCCAGAUAAGAGAGCAGAUCCGAUAUUUCUUGGGCAUGUUGUACCCAUGCUGCAAAAGCUAACUCACUUUUAAAAGGGGUGAUGCAGAUGCAGGUAUCUAAGAAAUUGUAAGGGUAACCCAGCAAAACCCCUCAAGACAAAGCGUUAAAGGAAAAAACAUGCUGGACAAAGGACUUUCACACUUCAGUUCUUAUUUGUCGAAAUGACUGCCAAGAGGAAAGGUGAAACGUCAUUCAUUACGGCCGGCCUCACAGGCAGUGAGAUCAAGGCGAUUAUCACCUUACCUUAAUGAGUUUUAUUUACACUGCAGAAAGCUUUGGUGGCCUCUGAAUUGAACAAAUAUUUGAAUCGAAAGUGUAAUAAGGCACAACACCUGGCAAUGAAACCCCGGGAGAUCUGUUGCUAACUUUUGCUUGUUUUCCUAGCCGUUUUCCAUUUUUCUUCUCUUAUUUCUUUCCUUUUUGUUUCCUUUUUGUUUCCUUUUUCAGGUGGUAAAACAUUCAGUGACCAAACAGUAUGUUACGUAAGAAAACAAGGAGUUCUUAGCGGGUGGGAACAAGAUUUUCCCAACAUAUCACUUGCAAUUCCACCAAAGACCUACCCCACUCUGAUAUCGUGCAAAUGCGUAGCAGUCCUUUAUUUCAUUUUGGUAAGUAAUUUAUUUCCUUUCGUUAAAGUCAAGGUAAAGUUAGCCCACGAGCCAGAGGACCCAUUCAUUUUGGGGGAUUUUACCUCGAAUUCCUUGAAAGCAGGAAGACACUCAAAAUAAUGCUACUUCCUCCCGACAUGAUGCUCGCCCAUCGUAGGGUCACCUAAUGACAUUUUGUCAAAUUGCUCUGAGAAUUUUCAGGUUGCGACUAGAAAAUUUAGUUGGCACAAUUAAAGUAAGGUGUCAUUCCUAAGAAAAAGACGCAAUUUUCUGAGAAAAGACUCGAACUCAGAUCUCCGGACUCAAAUUUUGGAGCACUUGGUGUUAUAUCUUGAUGUCAAUUGUAACUGAGGUAUUUGCAGCUCAUAGCAUAUUUCCCAUUUUAAAUGAGAAAUCAUGCAGUGAGGUAAAUGUAUAUAUUGACAAAGAUACAGUAACAUUUUUGACAAAUAAUUUUUUUUUGUAGAUCAAAGCGAAAGUUAAAGGAAAGCUGUCAAAAGACGGCUACCUUGAAAUACCCGUUGUUAUUGCGUGUUCAGAUGACCAGUCAGAAAUGCUGGCUCAGCUGAGCACACAGGCGAACAUGACGUCCCAGAAACCAAAACGACGAAAAGGAACCUUCUUCUGUAUCACAGGAAAUACCUCUCUGAUGGGGGGACUUAAUAGUUCAAAGUCAGAGUACUUCAAAGAGGACGAAAAUGAUCAAUACGUUUUCAGUCCAACGUUCAGGUCUGUGGGAAGCUAUGAAGGCACCUUUACAGAUAUUGCAAAUGUCUGCAAUUCUAGAAACGGGAAAAUUCCAAGAGGGAAAGUUUCGAUUGGCCACUAUACUGAGAAUUCAAAUGUAGCUCGUAACGGUCGAGUUAAACUGGUGAGUGUAGUUUGAAUGAUUAAGAGAAAUAUUACUGAUAAAAACCAUAAUCAGAUCUGAAGGUUAUUUUGAAACAAAAAAAAUUUCGUAAAACGGUACCCUUCUGGAAAUGUAGAAAGUAUAACUGAGGAAUGGAAAUAUAUGAAUUGGCAACUGGUAAGUCCAAACAUUGGAAUGAGAAAUACAAUCCAAAGAUCAGCCAAAGCUAAAGGAAUUUUUCAAGGUGUUUGUGUAAACCUAAAGUAUCGGAAACAUGAGUGACAAAAUCAUUAUUGACUUAUAUCUCUAUCCAACUGAAUUAGAAGGCAGAACAAUCUUUCAGAUCCUUGAUAGGGCAGGGUUUAGAAACAAUUAAAUAGAUGAAAAAGAUAAAGAUAGUGAUCAAAAGAUUUCAGAUUACCUGGUAGAUAAUUUAUAUACAUUUGCUACCCUGUGAAAUGCCACGUUGGAGGUGGGUGCCAUGCUGUAGAAUGAAAUUUAAGCGGGAUCGCGGCAUAUUUUUGUCUUUGAAAUUUGGUAUUUUGGGUUUAUUAAUUAGAAAAUGAAUUUGAUAUGAAAAAGAGUUCAGAUUUUUUGGUUGAUAUAAUUGUGGUUAAUAUGAUAUUUCAUAUAUUUAAAAAAGGGAGAUAAUUUUUAUUUUGCUGAUCAGCAAUUUGUUUAUAAUGACGUACAUUUAUCUAUAGACCAUUUCAAAGAAUGUGCUCAAUGAAAGACAACAAUCUUUUAAUGUUCUCAACACACUGCUGAUUGUAAAACAUUCAUGAACUUAUUUACAAAAUUUGUCAUACAUCGGGUAAUUCAAGAACGUAACAUUCAGUACAUAUUGUAAAUAAACAAUUGUUGAAGCGGGUUUUAAUAUCAAUAAUGCAUGGCGGUUUUCAACGAUACAUUUAAUUACUUUUAGUGAUAGUAAUUAAAUUCUAAUAAGAUAACGAAACACAAUUUAAAUUGUAUUAAUUGUACUGAAAGUUUGAAAAUGG